AUAAAAGUAUUGAACUGAUUUCCCACAGGCAAAUGGCAAAGAGCCAAGUACGUUGGAGUUUCCCUAGUUGGAAAGACUCUUGCCAUCAUGGGCUUUGGAAAGGUUGGCUCAGAGGUGGCAAGGCGAGCGAAAGGGCUAGGGAUGCAUGUGAUUGCCCAUGACCCCUAUGCCCCGGCCGAUAAGGCCCGUGCCAUUGGAGCAGAGCUGGUGUCCUUCGAGGAGGCCAUCGCCAAGGCAGACUUCAUCUCCCUCCACAUGCCGCUCACCCCGGCGACAUCCAAGGUCUUCAACGACGAAUCCUUCGGGAAGAUGAAGACCGGCGUGCGGAUCGUCAAUGUGGCCAGGGGCGGAGUGAUCGAUGAGGAUGCUCUGGUCAGGGCACUGGACUCCAGCAAAGUUGCUCAGGCAGCUCUUGAUGUCUUCACUGUGGAGUCCCCGGCGAAGGACAGCAAGCUGGUUCUUCAUGAGAAUGUCACUGUCACGCCCCAUCUUGGAGCAAGCACAGUGGAGGCGCAGGAAGGCGUCGCCAUCGAAAUUGCUGAAGCCGUCGGUGGCGCACUGAGAGGUGAGCUCGCAGCGACCGCCGUGAAUGCUCCCAUGGUCCCAGCUGAGGUCAUGUCAGAGCUAGCUCCGUAUGUUUCCUUGGCGGAGAAGCUGGGGAGGCUGGCAGUGCAGCUCGUCGCCGGGGAGAGCGGCAUCAAGGGCGUCAAGGUGGUGUACACCUCAGCCAGGGACCCCGACGACCUCGACACGAGGCUCCUCCGGGCGAUGGUCACCAAGGGCAUCGUGGAGCCCGUGUCCAGCACCUUCGUCAACCUCGUGAACGCGGACUACACGGCGAAGCAGCGCGGCCUGCGCAUCGCCGAGGAGCGGGUCUCCCACGACAACGCCGCCGCCGAGGCGCCGCUGGAGUCCAUCCAGGUGCGCCUUUCGCACGUGCAGUCCAGGUUCGCCGGGGCGAUCAGCGACGGCGGGGACAUCGUCGUGGUCGGCAGGGUCAAGUACGGCGUGCCCCACCUGACCGUCGUUGGGCCCUACGAGGUCGACGUCAGCCUGGAGGGGAACCUGAUCCUGUGCCGGCAGGUCGACCAGCCCAGGAUGAUCGGCAAGGUCGGGAACAUCCUCGCGGAGAGGAACGUGAACGUCAGCUUCAUGAGCGUCGGCCGCACCUCCCGUGGCAAGCAGGCGAUCAUGGCCAUCGGCGUGGACGAGGAGCCGGACAAGAAGACGCUCGAGAAGAUUGGGGCCAUCCCGGCCGUCGAGGAGUUUGUGUUCCUCGAGCUAUGAUGGACGGGGGGCGCUCGCUCCACUCCUCGCUAGAAUAAAUGGCAUCGCA